UUUCAGAAUGACCGGCGGAAAUGAGCAGCGGGCCGGAACCGCCAAAGGACGACGUGGAGCACAAGACUCUACAACAGCAUAUAUGAAGGCAGAGCAACAACAACAAUCGAUCGCACCCGGCUCGGCAACCUUCCCGUCUCAGAUGCCCCGACCCCCACCGGUAACCGAACAGGCUAUAACCACCGAGGCGGAGCUUCUCGCGAAAAAUCAAAUUACACCAAAUGAUGUGCUAGCUCUUCCAGGAAUCACUCAAGGAUUCCUAUGCUCCCCAUCGGCAAACGUCUAUAACAUUGAGUUCACCAAAUUCCAAAUCCGUGACCUCGACACGGAACACGUGCUCUUCGAAAUUGCAAAACCGGAAAAUGAGACGGAAGAGAAUCUGCAGGCGCAAGCCGAAUCGGCAAGAUAUGUCCGAUAUCGAUUUGCGCCGAAUUUUCUGAAAUUAAAGACGGUCGGCGCGACGGUCGAGUUCAAGGUCGGCGAUGUGCCGAUCACACAUUUUCGAAUGAUUGAACGGCACUUUUUCAAGGAUCGUUUAUUGAAAUGCUUUGAUUUUGAAUUUGGAUUCUGUAUGCCAAAUUCGAGAAACAACUGUGAACAUAUCUAUGAAUUUCCACAACUUUCACAACAACUCAUGGACGACAUGAUCAAUAAUCCAAACGAGACCCGCUCCGAUAGCUUCUAUUUUGUGGAGAAUAAGCUCGUAAUGCACAAUAAGGCCGACUACUCGUAUGAUGCAUAAUUUCCCGCCGAUGGAAUAAAACUAAUAAUUUUUCUCGCAAUUUAUAGAAAUCAUGUGAUUUUCCUACCGCUAAAUUUAAAAUUUCCUAAUUUUUCACUAUAUUUCUCACAAAAUGCAUUCCGAAAACUCUCAUUUUUCAGCUUUUCAAUACAAAUCCCAAUAAAUGAUUUUUCAAAUA